CUAUUUCAGCACUUAUUUUAAUUUCAUUCGUUGUGUCGACUCUGGGAUACAAUUUAGAUGCUAUUCUUAAUUCUGAUUUUAAUCCCCAUUUUAAUACCAGUUCAGAAAGUCAAGAUGCUGAUGUUGCAGAUUACGAAGAUGCCAUUCCUGUGAUAUCAGAACAGGACAUUAUUGAAGGAAAUAAUGAUGUAAACAAUAUUAAAAGCAAUAUAACCAAAAAUUAUGACGAUAUUCGAGUAUCCUUUGUCGAUAUACUUAAACGUAACUUAAAUAAAUCCCUCCAAAAGUAUUCUCCGUUGCUUGGCAAUAAAAUGCAGGAAAUAGAGAACACCAUUGUUGAUGUUUUUGAUCCACUGUUGAAAAUAAUACUCGAGGGCCAAUCAAAAUCAUUAAAAGAACAUGUAUAUUCCAACAAAGCGCAAUGUAAAGAUUCAAAUAAACCAUUGAAUGCGAACCCAGAAAUUGGAGCCAAGCCAGUUACAAAUGAGGGCUCAACUACGAUUCAAAUUUGUAAACGCAACGAAAAAUGUGUACCUAGGACUAAUUGUGUGAAUGGUGUGAUCAACGAAUAUGGAGAAGGAUUGAUUGAUUUUCGUCAGAGUGAGAUAUGUGAUUCUAGUGCGAUGAAAAAAUGCUGCACAAUUCCCAAACAGUGAUACGGAGAGAUCGGUCUGUUGAAAUAGCGAACUCUCAUACACUUGGCAGAUGGAAGGCCAGCGAAAAUAAAAUAUUGAAAACAUGUUACAUACUAUAGAUCUAAAAUAAUAGAUGUGAAAUAAAACUUGUAAGAAACUAGUUCUUAUACUAGUUCUUAUACUAUAUAUUUGUGAAGGUAA